AUGUCUCUGGCCUUUCCCAUCAGUCUGGACAGGAUUUCUUGGGAGUACUCUUGUGUGCCUACAACAAAGAAAUGUGAUGAGGUGUUGGCCACGCCGCUUCCCUACAGCGCCUUCUCUGCAUCCUCAGUGCUGUCUGGAGGAGACUACGGUGCUGGCUAUGCCAAACUCAACAGGAGAGGAGGGGCCGGGGGCUGGUCACCCAUGAACUCCGACCGCUCUCAGUGGCUGCAGGUGGACCUCCGGGGCAGGAAGCAGAUCAACGCCAUAGCAACGCAGGGCCGCUACAGCAGCUCUGAUUGGACGAAGCAGUACCGCUUCCUGUACAGCGACACGGGCAGCAACUGGAGGGCCUACCGACAGGAUGGCACCAUAUGGACGUUCUCUGGUAACUGGAACUCUGAGAAGGUGGUGCGUCAUGAUCUGCAGUACUCCAUCGUGGCGCGGUACCUACGCUUCAUCCCCCUGGAGUGGAGCGAGGAGGGGCGCAUCGGGCUGCGUGUCGAGGUGUACGGAUGUGCCUACUGGUCUGACGUGAUCAGCUUCGACGGCCAGGGCGUGAUGUCGUACCGCUUCCGGGCCAAGAAGAUGCGCAUCCUGAAGGACCUGAUCCGCCUGAAGUUCAAGACGACCAAGGGGGAGGGGGUCCUCCUGCACGGGGAGGGCCAGCAGGGAGACUACAUCACACUGGAGCUGAAGAGGAGCCGGCUGUGGCUGCAGAUCAACCUGGGAAGUAAUCAGCACGGCUCCAUCCUGGGCCACACGGCCGUUUCCAGCGGCAGUCUCCUUGACGACGACCACUGGCACAGCGUGGUGAUCGAGAGGCUGCGGCGCAGCGUCAACUUCACCCUCGACCAGCACACGCACAACUUCCGCACCAAUGGGGAGUUCGACCAUCUGGACCUGGACUACGAGAUCAGCUUCGGGGGCAUGGCUGUAUCUGCUAAGCCCAUAUCUGGGGGUCGGGAGAACUUUGUGGGCUGCAUGGAGGCCAUCGAGUACAACAACGACAACAUCACCAACCUGGUCCGCAGGAAGAAAGUCGACACCUCCAGCUUUGUACGACGCAACUUGACGUUCUCGUGUGCGGAGUCGCGGACGUUCCCCGUCUUCUUCAACGCCUCCAGCUUCCUGCUGUUGCCGGGGCGGAGCGACGGAGACACCAUGUCGGUGAGCCUGAUGUUCCGCACCUGGAACCCUAGCGGCCUGCUGCUGUUCUCUCCGCUGGUGUACGGCGGCGUGGAGAUCAGCCUCAUGGACGGACGCGUCACCGUGCACAUCUACGUCUCGCAGAAGCAGAGCACACGCGUCGACAUAUCCUCAGGCUCGGGUCUGAAUGACGGGCAGUGGCACACCGUCCACUUCCUGGCUCUGGAGAACUUCGCCAUCCUCACCAUCAACGGAGACGAGACGUCGUCAGUGAGGACCACGCUGCCCGUCAUGGUGCGCACCGGGGGAUCCUACUACUUUGGAGGCUACUUCCCGCGGACCAACCUGUCCCCCACCCAGAGGUCCUUCCAGGGCUGCAUGCAGCUGAUCCACGUGGACGAGCAGCUGGUCGACCUGCAGGCGGUGGAGCAGGGCACGCUGGGGACCUUCGAGAAUGUCAGCCUCGACAUGUGCGCCAUCAUAGACCGGUGUGUGCCCAACCACUGUGAGCAUGGUGGACGCUGCUCCCAGACAUGGGACUCGUUCAGCUGUGCGUGCGAGGGGACGGGCUACGCUGGGGCCACCUGCCACACCUCCAUCCAUGAGCAGUCGUGUGAGGAGUAUAAGCACCUGGGGAAGACCUCGGACAUGUACUGGAUCGAUCCAGACGGCAGCGGCCCACUGGAGCCAUUUAAAGUCAACUGCGUAAUGACAGAGGAUAAGGUGUGGACGACGGUGGCCAAUGACCUGCCUGUUCAGAGCCCUGUGAGUCCGGAGCCGGAGGCGUCCACAGUGCUGCACCUCAACUACAGCAUGUCCUCCGAACAGUUAAAUGCCAUCACCAGCAGCGCAGAGCACUGUGAGCAGCAUGUGGCCUACCACUGCCGCAUGUCACGCCUGCUCCACUCUCCAGAAGGGACCCCGUUCACCUGGUGGAUUGGAAAGGGCAACGAGAAGCACACGUACUGGGGAGGCUCUGGGCCGGGCGUCCAGAAAUGUGCCUGCGGGAUAGAGCGAAACUGCUCAGACCCCAGCCACUACUGCAACUGUGACGCAGACCAGAGGCAAUGGAGAGAAGAUUCCGGAAUCCUCAUGUACAAGGAUCACUUACCAGUCACUCAGGUGAUCGUCGGAGACGUCCACAGGUCUGGCUCGGAGGCCAGGCUCACCAUCGGGCCUCUGCGUUGCCAAGGAGACAGUAACUAUUGGAACGCUGCUUCCUUCAACACGCCGGCCUCCUACCUGCACUUCCCCACCUUCCGAGGGGAGACGAGUGCCGACAUCUCCUUCUACUUCAAGACCUCCUCCAGCUACGGGGUCUUCCUGGAGAACCUGGGCAACACAGACUUCAUACGCAUCGAACUCAAAUCACCCACCACCGUCUCCUUCUCCUUCGACGUGGGUAACGGCCCUGUUGAGCUGAUGGUCCAGUCCUCGGCGCCGCUGAACGACGACCACUGGCACCGGGUGGAGGUGGAGCGCAACGUCAAGGAGGCCACGCUGCAGCUGGACGGGCGGCACAGGGAGGCGCGGCCGGCACCGCCACAGGGGCACACACGCCUGCAGCUCUACAGCCAGCUCUUCGUCGGUGCAUCGGGUGGCCAGAGGGGCUUCCUGGGAUGCAUUCGCGCCCUGAAGAUGAACGGCGUGACCCUUGACCUUGAGGAGAGGGCGAGGGUCACCCCCGGGGUGAAGCCCGGCUGCUCAGGCCACUGCAGUAGCUACGGCAUGCACUGCCAGAACGGCGGCAAGUGUGUGGAGAAGUACAACGGCUAUUCAUGUGACUGCUCCUUGACCGCCUUCGAUGGCCCUUUUUGCACGGAAGACGUGGGCGGCUACUUUGAGAUGGACACCGUGGUGCGGUAUGACCUGAUGUCGGACUCGUCUGCCUCGUCCCUGCGUGACGUGAAGAGCGUGGCGGCGGCAACCCCGCUGCCGACGGAGGCCAACCUGACACAGGAGGAGCUGUCCUUCAGCUUCAGCACCUCCAACACGCCCAGCGUCCUCAUCUACGUCAGCUCCAGGACACAGGACUACCUGGCAGUCGUCAUGCGGCACAACGGCACCCUCCAGAUCCGCUACAACCUGGGCGGCCUGCGGGAGCCCUUCACCAUCAGCCUGGACCACCGCAACAUGGCCAACGGACAGCCCCACAGCGUCAACAUCUCCAGGAGGAACAGGCUCAUACAACUACAGCUGGACCACUAUCCUUCUGUUACCUACACAUUGCCAGAUGCUUCAGACACGGAGUUCAACCUUGUGAAGACCAUUUUCCUCGGGAAGGUCUUUGAAACGGGCCAGAUCGACCCUGUGAUCAUCGAGAAGUACAACACGCCCGGCUUCAUCGGCUGCCUGUCCAGGGUGCAGUUUAACCGCGUGGCCCCUCUGAAGGCAGCACUGCGACCAGGCAUCUCCUCGGCCGCCUCUGUGCAGGGGGUCCUCGUGGAGUCCAACUGUGGAGCCUCUCCGCUCACCAUCUCACCCAUGUCUGCAGCCUUCGACCCCUGGCAUCCAGAGUCAGCUGGUGCCCAGUUCCCAUUUAACGAGGAGAUAGUGAGCAGAGAUGGACUGAAUCGUGACUCUGCAAUCAUCGGGGGUAUCAUCGCCGUGGUGAUUUUCACCAUCCUGUGCACGCUGGUGUUCCUGGUGCGCCACAUGUUCCGCCACAAGGGGUCCUACCACACCAACGAGGCCAAGGGAGCCGAGGCAGCUGACUGUGCCGACGCCGCCAUCAUCGUCAACGACCCCGCCUUCACAGAGACUAUAGACGAGAGCAAGAAGGAGUGGUUCAUCUAGGACGGUGGAGGAGAGCAAGAAAGAGUGGUUCAUCUAGGUGAAGGAGAGCAAGAAGGAGUGUGGAGCAGAGCAGGCGGUUUCUGGGAGUC